AUGCCCACCUCUAGAUCAAAGUCAAAUUCCAACCCCCUCACAUCCCCCGCAGUACCAGUAGCCCUCCAACCCCACCACCUCCUCUCCCCACCCGCAGAUCUCCUAACCAACACCGCAACCACCUUGACAAUAACCCCAACCCCAGACACCAAACCCCCCUCUCCAGCCUUUAUAGUCCACCGCAUUCGUGCACACGAAGCCCCCGAUAGCCCAGACCGCGCUGUCCUCCUCUACUCCGUAUACAGCAAACCAUGGCCAAACACGAGCCGCGUAGUCUGUGAUACCGAGGAGGUGCCGCUGCUCGUGCUGCGACGAGUUUGGCUAUCGCGGAAAUGGGCCGUUCGACUCCCGGACCAGCAUCAGGAUUUACUAGUUGCCACAGUGCCGUGGACAGCGGAUGGACAGUCAAGGGUUGGGGUUGGGGUUGGGGGUGGGUUUAGGCUGGAAGCGCGGUUUGCGAAUGCACUCGCGAGCAGGCCGGGGUCUGGGAUUAUCAGAGGGAGGGCGGUAGGGGCAGAGGAGUCAGGUUAUGUGGCGGACGAGCCGCCGCCUUAUAGUGCGAUUGCUGGGGUUGGAGUUGAGGGAGGAGGUGGGAGUGGUCAGUGUGAGGGGAAUGCGGGGGUGGUACAGAGGAACGAGAAAAUACAUCCCCCCCUUCCCAAUUCACAUUCCCAUUUUCGGAAUCCACUAGCUUCAACACCGCGACAUUCACAGCAGCCCCGCUCUCCCUCUAUUCUCCCCUCCUACGACUCCGUCCGUCGAGACGCACCUAACCCACUGCGAGAUCUGCUCGAUGCACUCGAGCCGCCGCACGAGCCGGCGCCGGCCGCACUGUAUCCUGUAUCUGCAUCUGCGUCGCGGAAUCUCAAUGCCGGUAUCGGCACCAGUACCAGUCUUGGUCCGAUACAUGCAGAAGCCGAUGCUAUUCCUGGCGCAAAAGUCGAGUUGAGAGUGAUGCAGGUAGCUACGUCGGGGACGGGUGUGAUGAUGGGUAACCAGAAAAUUAUGAAUAUCACGCGACAUAAUGCGAUGGACUUCAGUAAAUCCAAAGUGAGAUUGAGGCCGAGGUGGGAGGUUGAGGUUUCGGAGGGUGUUGAUUUGUUACUGGCUGUGAAUUUAGUGUUAAUUAUGGCUGAGUCUGUGUCGUCUCAGAACCGAUGGAAGUAA